AUGCAGAUAGCAACACUCAAUUAUAAAUAUGAUCCAAUCCCAAAUAAUUUUGAUUUAAAGAAAACACGUCGUAUUAAUCGAAAUGCUUCAUCGGUACAUCCAAAUGACCAAAGACGUUCAACAAAAUCGAGUAAUACAUUGCCACCUAUUAAAAAACAUAGUGAAAUAAUAAAAAAACGACAAGAACAACCAUCACAAAGUCACAUGCGUAUACAAGGCAAUAGUGUCAUAUCGAAUUUAACAGAUAAAUCAUCAGUUUCAUUUCAUAACAGCCACAGGUAUCCACCAAGUCGUUCACGAAGUCGCGAAUCGAAUUAUAGUGGCUCGUUAGGAAGAAGUAGAUCAACGUCUCCAUCGGGAAAUCAACAUGGAAGUAGAGGUCCAACACGUUCAAAUUCAAUAUUAAUGCAUAAACUGAAGUUUGGCUAUCCUAUUACAUUACGUCCAUCGAACUUUUAUUCAAAUGAUAAAAGUGAUGCUGAAUUAUCUGAAAGAGAAGAAUCAUUUGUGAACGAUUCUAUUCGAUCGGCUAAUGAAAGUCGUCAAGCACCAAUUAUUCCAAAAUACGAUCCAUUAGAUGAUCCACAUUUACGAAAAUUUUUUCAAAGUCCAAUGGUACUUGAUGUUGUACGUAAAACUCUUAGUAUAGAAUACAGUCCUCAAAAAACUUUAACUCGACGAAAAACAAAAAAAAAAGUGCAGCAUAAUACAUCCUUUUCAGAAGAAAUAGUAGCCAAUGAUUAUCUUCGAAUUAAUACCAAAGGUUCAUCCGGUUAUGCAAAAUUGAAUGGUUAUGAUUGUAUUCCUCAUUAUGCACCUGCACGAAGACGACACUCGAGUAGAUUAGAUAACAGUUUUAUACAUGAAAGACAAAAAUCGAGAGAAGACAGUCAUAGUCAUGAAAAAGACAAUACAAAACAGCAAAAUUAUGUACAAAAACAUCGUUCAAGUAAGCUUAAAAAUAUAAAACAUCAAUCUGUUGACAGUUCGUUAACCAGUUUUCCAACAACAACAAGUUCUCUUAUUCAUCCAAAUAAUAACCUAAAUAUGAACGGUGUCAUAUCAAAACCAGAAAAAAGAAAAAGAAAUGGUGAUGGUAAAGAAAAAUUAACACCCGUUGCAACUUCUUCACCAUUGCGUCAACUUCCAAAAACAACACUAUUACUAAUAAAACAGAAGCAGAACGACACUGACGAUAAUGAGAAUGAAAAAAUAAAUCCAAUAGCAACAACGACAACUCAUGAAGUAGAAGAGAAGAAAGAAGAAAAAGAUGCCUAA